AUGGUGGGAAUGACCCCAAAGCCUUUCUGCUUGCUUAGCGGUGCAAGUGAGAAUGAAAUCGUGACGAAUGCGCAGUUUCGAGCUGCAGCAUAUCGACAGCAUGAACGAGUGAGCUGGGCUGGCUGGUACGGUGCAGCAGGUGGUUGCGCUGCCUCCGCGAGCGGGCAAAAGGGCAAAUUGGGCUCCCGGCGCCGUCCAGCCGAGUGCCUCACCGCCGCAGCUUACGGCGCCACGCACGCGUCGGAAAAAGCCGUCUCGGCCCGGUUCUGCCGAAACAUCGCAAGGUCGUUAGCAUCAAGUCGUUCGGUUGUCGCGAGCUGGCUGUCGUACGAACCCCAUCGUCCAUGCAGCGCCACAGACCACGUCGUCCAGCCGCGUCUCGCCCCUCUUCCUGCUUGGUCCUCGCUCGCAGAUGUCCUGCAGGUGCAGGUGCUUCGGUGGCGUAAUGGCGCGGCCACCUGCGACUCAUUCCUCGAUCGGAGUCAGGUCGGCCAAGUCGCCACUUCACAACGAGGCCAGCCAGGGCUCUGCUCCCCGCGGCGCGAGCGGGACUGCGACAUCGUGCAAAGAGGGACGAGGCCGCCAGCGAAUCGUCCGCCCGUCCAAAUGUUAAGCGUAAGCGCCGGGCCGCGGCCAAGUCGCCCGCCCGCGCGGCCGAACGCAUUCCGAAAGUCGAGCCGCAACCCGCUCAACAUGAGCCGAACGGCCGCGACCAAGACCACGGGCCAUGCGCCGUCCACGCUCAUGCUGGAGCGCAUGCACGAGGCGGCCUCCGACUUGGCCAUCCUGGCCACCACCACGCAGGGCUGGCGCUUCGCCAGCGAGCGCAACGGCGCCAUGCUCUACGAGAUGGCCGGCCGCAACCUGCCGCAGAACGUCACCACAGCCAAGAAGUUCGGCCGCGGGGCCGGCCACUCGUCCGAUUACUAUCUGGUGCGGGCCGUCACCACAGUGCACACGGGCGUGGCCGCCAUGCUCGACCUGCUGCACUCGUCCACCACCGAGGAGUACCGUCUCGUCAUGCGGCAGAUUUUCAACCAGUACUACCAGAACGGCGUCACGAUUGACAAGUUGACGUGUACCACCCCGCCGCCUUUCGCAGAGGACCCGGACGCCGGCGCGGAGGGCGCGCGACGAAGUUACUCGGAGGACGACGCGUACUCGGUCAACUGGCUGACGCUCAAGGCCCAGUCCAAGCUCGGAAGUGUUGAGAACCACCGAGACUUCACACUAGUUUCGUACCAGGACGCCUUCUCGAGGCACGACUCCGGGGUGCUGGAGCGUGUGGGCAGGGGCACGGUGCGCGCUCGAUCCAACACAUCCAACUUCCAGGUGCAGAGCCGACUGGUGGGCGUGCACGUGCUCAGCAGCGUCAACUUCCAGGACGUCCCGGAGCUGCCGAUUCCGCAGUGCACGGACCGCCUGCACUUUCGCAACUCGGGUUUUGUCAUCGAGGAGACCUCGGAGCCCAACGUUCUGAGACUCUCGCUCUUGUUGUCGCUGCUGCCCACCAAGGCCACGUUGAAGUAUGCUAGGAAGUAUCAGCGUUGGCUGCAGGCGUUAGCGAGUUGUGUAGGCAAUCUGGCGCAGGUUCUGAGGCCCGAGGUGACGCUGCACUGCCUGAGUAAGCUCACGUGGAAGCAGAGCGACCACUGCUUCAUGUGCCUCAAGAUGUUCCGUACGUUCCGCCGCUGCCACCACUGCCGAUUCUGUGGUGAGGCCGUGUGCGGGGCCUGCUCCAAUAUGGUCAAUAUGAGCGGAUACGAGGUCAUGGACGGCAGCGGGAGUACGUUGGCAGCUUCAGCUCUAGUGUCGUCACAGCGUGGAGAACCGAUGAACGACUUCAACCAGACGGGGGAUAUCUGGCAGAUAAACUCGCCUGAAAACAUGGGCUCGACUCGCGGCAGCAACAGCGCGCGAGGCUUCCGAGAGGCGAGAGGCUGCAACGCCUGCAUCGCCGACUUGCACCACGGUCUUACAGCUUCAAUGGUGCUCAAGGCUAGACGCACAUCCGACUCCAGCAACAACAGCGCCGAUAACCGUAGCAAUUACAGCGCUGACAGCCCCUUAAUGCCAGCUACUACCACGACUCGAUUGAGCGCUAGCAACGACGAUGAGGAACAGAUCUCGUACGACAGCGCCGACGAUGUCAUCUAUGAACGGCGGUUGGGCUCCAUCGCGACGUUCAUCCCGUCGGAGGGUGGCCCAGGUGCGUUGGUGGAGGAGAAUGGUCCUUACACAGUCACGGCCAGUAGCCUGGGACUGGAUGAACCAGUGGACGAGUUCCCGGUCACGUCCGAGGAGCUGCAGGACAAGUUCCCGGCCGUGGAUGAACCUGCCCCGCCACGCUUCCGCAACGUGUCGGACCCGGACCAGCUGCGUCGCAUGCGUAAUGUGUCGGACCCGGAGCUGCCGCAGCGUCUCAAAGACAAACACAGCAUGGUGUCCAUGUCCACGGCCAGCAGCUCGUUUUCGCGGUCGUCGAACGACCGCUACACCAACGACAACGCGUCGACGUACUCGCGCGGCACCAACUUCUCGGCCAUGUCGGAUGGAUCUUCGGCGUGCGAUCUCUCGCGCGACCCCGACAUCUUGGCCCUGGCCGGUCUGUCCAUGAAGCCCCGACCGUCGGACGACAUGUACGAACCUGCACCGGUGCAGCGCCCGCCGAUGCCCGCCAAGAGUUACGACCCUUACUCGAACCAGGUCCCCGACGAGCCCAAGAAGAGAGCGGAGGCGGUGCUGAGGACGCAGAAGAAGCUGUCGAACAACGAGGAAGAGGACUCGUUCAGUACAAGGACGAUCUCCACGCCGUGGCCGGGCAGCAGUAGUGCUGAUAACCGCCUUCGCAGUAACACUACUUGCAUGCGCGACGAUGGGUUUGUGCCGCCCCAGCCAGACAUGCUUCGGCCAGCCGACGUACUUCGCCACCGCAGCCAAACUACGGCUGCCUUAGGCUGGAACCCCGCUGCGACUGCUCCGUUGUCCGGGUCUAAGGAUGCUGCCUCGAAGCCCAACAACUUCGCCAGCUCCUGCAUCCGUCCAUCCAAACCCGCGACCUCAACGGCUGCGACCGUAGCAGCAUCGGUCGGGCCUACCAGGGCAGUACCUCAGCGAGACGAGGCCACGACAAGCAGUAAACUUUACAUUACUUCGGCAGCUCGACGGGGCUCCGUCCCGAUGCAGCAGAUGCACCGCCUUCCAGUUUCGGUCCUGGAGGACAGCGCGGCGUCGGGCCGCAACGACAUGAUCCCGUUGUCCCAGGCUGGUCAGGCGGCGCCGAACUUUGUCGUGUUCUCCGACUCCAGGCGCGAAUCGAUUUUCACUCGGUCGGCUGACGGUCAGGACAUGAUCCCGCUUGACUUUUAG